GUAGCCCCGACGGGCGGUACUAAUUUGAAAGGAAGACUCGAUGCAGCGGUGAUGAGCGCGCAAAAAACGACGAGACGGGGAAGACCUAGGUUGACGCCAAGCAGAUUAGUGCAGGACAAUGUGUUGACCGAGGCGAAUGAUAGGUUCCAGUUUGUCAAACUGGAAAGUAAGAGGUUACGGGCGCUGAAGAAAGCGGGAUUGGAGGCGCUGUGUCAGCAGGAAGGCAUUGACUACAAGACAGUUGAAGCCACAGCGGAUGAGCUGGCAGAACUGCGCGCGACAGCGAGAUUUGGAAAAUGUUUUGACUGUCGGCCGUCUGUCCUUAAUGAUGCAAGGUAUGGGGAGAGUGAGGGUGUCUAUAGAGAUGCGGUGUUGAAUCUUGUUCUAGCUGGUGAGAUCCCUUGGGGUGCAAAGUUGUGCAGCUACUUGAAGCGUGUGCGUGGGGAAUGCUUGGAUUUUGCGACAUGUACGGGGCCUCUUGUGUAUGUGAAUAUUUCGGCAUGGACAAAGCAUAUGUAUGUUGGUGCUACCUCUAGGUCUUUGGAAGUGAGAUGGCGUGAGCGUGUCUUCAGGGUGAGGAAUGUUGAGGUGAUUGAGACUGAACGACGUAAUGAGAGGCUCUACAAGUGGUUGAGACGGUGUGGAUUGGAAAACUAUGUGGCACUCCCGUUGUUGCGUUGUUCUUCUGUUCAAUUAUUUGAGCUGGGAUGGUUCCUAAUUAGGCUAAUUAGUCCGCAUCUCAAUUGCAGGAACAGACCCAAGAAGUUUAGGAAAUGUAGGGCCGGUAAGCGGGAACGACGUAGGAAGUGGGGACGAGUGGUGAAGAAGGGGAUUGCUGUGCAGAGUACGCACUCCUUCAAACCACUCCUGACCAAGUUUCUGAGCCACCCUCCGCAGAGGAAGGAUUUGCUCUCGUGGGAUCUUGAUAAGCUUGUGUGCUUGUAUAGUGCCGUGCGUUCGUUUUCUGAGAAGCGAUCCAGAUACUCACUUCGUUGCAUCUUGUCUGGCGUGAUUCGGCGGAAGUUUGGGGUGAAUGUUCGGUGCAGAUUAGUAGUUAAGAUUGUCUAUGAUGUCACUCUGAGGAAGGCGUCCGCUCGGAAGUUGGCAGCGGGGUUGGUAAUGCAGUUGAGUCUGUCUGAGGAAUGGAAACGUAUGAUACUACGUCGCAUGCGUGUGGUCUGGAUAAAAAAUAAGAGUAUUGGUGACAUUCUGCACAAUUUUAGGGAUGCCGCACGACUGGAUGAAGUCCAGUGCGAUUGUGAGAGAAUGGAUGAGGACCUGCCGCGGGUGGAUGGGCACGUGUGUUUCAGACCAAGUGAGGUGGAUUUUGUUCCUACGCGGUUGAAGAACUCCAAGAACAUUCCGAGGCCAUCAUCGGAUCGGAUCAUAGGGUCUUUGAAAUCGCAGGUCCUGCAGUCAUUUGAUUAUCUUCUACAGCAUUCAGGCACAUCGCGGGGUGAACUGGCGGCAAUGAUGACCAGGGACACAGUACUUGGAUGCUUCAAUGGCAUGGGGUGUGAGAUGGGAUCCGUGUGUAAAACCGAGGAUGUCGAGAGAUGGAAGUGCCGAUUUGGUAACUUGGUGUGUUGUCCUAUUGACCACAACCCAGGAGAUUCGUUGCUGUGCUGUCGGGUAUCGUAUCGAGAAGGCAUGGAUAAGAUGUUUCUCAGCAAUGUGGGUUUCGAACUGUGUGACAAGGAUGAGACUGAGAGUAAUGAUGCCAAUGGGAGAAGGUAUAAGGAGUGUGGUUUUCAGAAGUUGGGUAGAUGGAACGGACAUGGGAAGGUGGGAAAAUGUUACAUUAUCCCUAAGCACAAAGACGUCAGGAAGUGGAGACCGAUUUGUCCGUUAUGGGAAGAAUGUGGUGUUACAGCAAGCAAGAGAAUAGCUAGGGCUGUGAAUCAGAUGCUGUGGAGUCUACCAAUGAGGAGCAAUUUCAACAUGAAGAGCACUGAAGAACUGAUGGGCAGGAUUGCGUUGGCCAACAAAGAGUUAAAAGCAGGUGAAGGCUUUGUGUCGGCUGCUUUUGACAUCAAAGAGAUGUUUUGUAACCUGCCCCAUGUCGCGGUGAUAGAGGCAGUACGUUGGGUGGUUGACUUCUGGACGGCAGAGGAAUGCAAAGGGGUGAUGGUGCGUGCAAGGGGGAAAGGGACCAAGAUGAAGUUGGGUAAGUCACAGGUUGGGUGGCAGACGAUCAGCUUCGAUGUUAUUGUGAAGUUUGUUGAGUUUGAGUUGUCUUGCACAUAUAUAAACGCAUGUGGGAAGCUGUUACGUCAGCAUACUGGCAUACCCAUGGGGAAGUCUUCAAGCCCGGCUCUGGCAUGCCUUCUGUCAGCAUAUUCUGAGUUCAUGUUUCUCAGCGCGUUGGGUAGCAUGCGUCCGUUGACUUAUGGGGCACGCAUCGUGGAUGAUGUCUCCAUUUUCGUUCGGUACACAAAGGGGGACGCCAUCUCCAAACAGGCUGCGGAAGGAGUGAUACGUGUCUUCAAGGACUGUUACAACGAGAACUUGACGCUGGAAAGAACGGAUUCAGGGCCGUUUUGGCAGUCUCUGGGAUGUGUUGUUGGCGUGUGCGAGGGGCCGGAGGGGAUUGUUUCUGCUGCAACGCACAAGAACCAGGCAGCUGUUCACGGUGGACGUUUGAUUUAUCAAAAUCUGCAGGACUUCUGCACUUACUCUAGUCGUGAGCAGAAGUUAGCAGUGGUUAGCUCGUUUCUUUAUAGAGCGAAGAAGUUUACUACCAUGGUUGGUGCGGAGGCUAUCUUUCUUCUGACAUUGAAGAUUGAACUUAGGAAGAGAGGGUUUCCGGAUUGUUACUUUGAUUCUGCUGUUCGGACUUUUUCAGAUAAGUUCGGCGGGAUUUGGGAGGAAUGGGUUGUGUGUUUGACUGGGUGGGAUGUCAAUUGGGGGUUUGCCGGUGGUCUUAAUGGAUCACUGAGAUGUCAUCGGUAGAACUGUUUUAACCUUUUAACUUUUUUGACUUUUUUUGCUUGCUUUUUGUGCCUUGUGUUACGGUCCG